AUUACUCCUAUAAAAACGCAAUUUUCACAAAUGAGCUCAAAUUUUUCAAAGAAAAAAAAAGCAAAUGAGCUCAAACAACAAAAACUAAGAUGGAGGCGAAGGGAGAAGAGGAAGAAAGAGUGAUCUGUGAUGCAUCAGAAAUCGAGUACGUGAGCUAUGGGGGCGAACAUCAUUUGCCCCUUAUCAUGAAUCUCGUGGAUGAAGAGCUCAGCGAACCCUACUCAAUCUUCACCUAUCGCUACUUCGUCUAUCAAUGGCCUCACCUCUGUUUCCUCGCUUUCUACAAAGGUCAAUGCGUGGGAACUGUGGUUUGCAAGAUGGGCGAGCACAGAGGGACUUUCAGAGGCUACAUUGCAAUGCUUGUGGUUGUCAAGUCUUACAGAGGGAAAGGGAUCGCCACAGAACUUGUCACAAGAUCUAUCAAGGUGAUGAUGGCAUCAGGCUGUGAAGAGGUGACUCUGGAAGCAGAAGUUACCAAUCAAGGUGCACUUGCACUCUACGGUCGUCUAGGGUUUAUCAGAGCGAAAAGGCUUUUCCGCUAUUACUUGAAUGGGGUUGAUGCCUUCAGACUAAAGCUACUGUUCCCUCGUCCCUUCCCCUCUAUACUUUCUUCCAUAGAUGAGACUGUCCAACAUAUGGAAAACAUGCACACGGGUGGAAAUGCACUUCUUCAGUACAUUUGACAUCCGCGGGGCGUGUGACACUUUACUGGCUGAACAGCAAAUGCCAGUAAGCAACUGGUAUUCUUCCGAAACACUAUUGAAGCAUUUCCAUUGUGGAUGAUCUUACGUGUUUGGAGAUCUUAGAGUUUAUCUCACAAUUUUCACUUGAAUGUACAAGCACUAAAAGUAAUCUUUAUUCAGAUUUGAACUUGUGAUCUUCCACAAACACGCUCGAAUGAAAGUAGGAUUCCAUU